UGAUGGACUAUAUUGGCAACGCGAUAUCGAUACUUAUUGUUGGCAACGUAAACAGAAUUUGAUAUCAGUACAAUUAAUAGAUAACAGAAAUAUAUGAAAAAAGUUUAGUCACAAGCAACACCAUUGCUUAACCUGAAACAUGUUGAAGGCGGUAAUUUUGAUUGGCGGCCCGCAAAAGGGCACCCGCUUUCGCCCGCUGUCGCUGGAUACGCCCAAGCCGCUGUUCCCAGUCGCCGGACGCCCGCUGAUAGCUCAUCACAUCGAAGCCUGCGUCCAGCUGAAGGAGCUGCGGGAGAUUCUCAUCAUUGGCUUUUAUCCGCAGACCCAAAUGGAGGGCUUUGUGGGCGACAUGCAGGCGCUCUACAGCAGCAGCAAUAUAAACAUCAGGUAUCUGCAGGAGUUCACAUCCCUGGGCACCGCCGGCGGCAUGUACCACUUUCGCGAUCAGAUACGCGCCGGCAAUCCGCGCGCCUUUUUUGUGCUCAACGGCGAUGUUUGCGCCGACUUUCCGCUGGAGGAGCUCCACAAAUUUCACAUGGAGCGGCCGGCGAGCGCCUUGGUGACGAUCAUGAGCACGGAGGCGACACGGCAGCAAUCGCUGCACUAUGGCUGCCUCGUAUUCGAUCGCGCCAGUGGUGCUGUGUCGCACUAUGUGGAGAAGCCGAGCUCCUAUGUCUCCACCUACAUCAAUUGCGGCGUCUAUGUGUGCUCCAUGGAUAUAUUCACGAAGCUGGCCCAAAUCUUUCAUGCCAAGUGCGAGGAGUACAGUUGCAUCAGCUACAGCAAUGGCAAUGGCAACGGCAAGGAGCAGGGUCACAUCAAGUGGGAGCAGGAGGUGCUCACCCCGCUGGCGGGCACCGACAAGCUCUUUGCCAUGCCGGUGCCCAAUUGGUGGUCACAGCUGAAGACCGCCGGCUCGGCCAUCUAUGCCAAUCGGCACUAUCUGGCGCUCUACAAGCGCACCCAUCCCGAGCGUCUGGCCAAUGUGGGCAGCAAACGUGGCGAAGGCGAUGGCAAUCUGAUAUGCACCGUCUAUCCGGAUGUCUAUGUGCAUCCCAGUGCCACGGUGCAUCACUCGGCGGUGCUUGGCCCCAACGUGGCCAUUGGUCCGGGAGUUACUAUCGGACCUGGCGUUCGCAUACGCGAAUCCAUUGUCCUGGAGCAGGCGCAGAUCAAGGAUCACACGCUUAUCCUGCACUCGAUUGUGGGGCGUGGCUGCAGCAUAGGCGCCUGGACGCGCGUCGAGGGCACGCCCAGUGAUCCCGAUCCAAAUAAGCCCUUUGCCAAAAUGGAAAAUCCGCCGCUGUUCAACAACGAGGGCAAACUGAAUCCAUCCAUAACCAUAUUGGGCUGCUUUGUGCAAAUACCCGCGGAGAAGAUUCUGCUCAACAGUAUUGUCCUGCCGCACAAGGAGCUCAGUCGCAGUUUCAAGAACGAAAUUAUUUUGUGAAGAGCGAAAAGCCACGUGCCUCUUAAUAUAUAUAAUCAGUAUGCUAAAUAUCCUUGUAUUGUGCAAUCAUCCUUCAAACGGUCGCAAAUGCCAUUUAAAUAAUUAUUUUUAUUCGUUUUACAGCACUUGUACGAAAUUUGCAUGCAUGCAACGAGCUGCAUGACAUGCUGCUUGAUACUUUUAUCUAAAAAUAUAUUUUAUUGUCUGUUCACAAAGUUCAAAGAGAAGAGUGCAAGUUAUAGGGACAGACAGCGUCCAUGUUUUACAACUUUUUUUCAAAAAUAAA